CAUGAGGCAGGCAGCGCUUCACUACAGCAGCAGCAGAAAGGUCUUUUUGUAUCUCCUCUUCCUCACACACCCCUGCUGCAACACCGUCUAACCUGUGUGAGUCAGACCAGAGUUCAGAGAGUCUAGAGGAGGAGAAAAAGGGAUUUUCUUUUUGGUGUGUGACAAUCUGGAUGGGAAGUGUUUUUUGGGAGGAGAGACAGAAGAAAGGCAGCCGGGGAAGGGGAACAACUGGCACUCGCCAAUCCCCCCUUCCGCACUCAGACUGGAGACAACGGAGGCCACUGGAGUAUUUGCUUUUAUCUUUCGUUUUUUGUUCUUUUUUUUCCUCAUCGCGCUCCUGGGAGGUGCUUUGCCUUUUCAUUUGCUCGCUCUCUCCGUCCUCUGUCUCCUCAUCUAUUUCGCCAUUUACCUGGUCAACAAUUUCUUCUAUUUAUGAGCCAGACAAGGAGGGAGAGAGAAAAAGAGAAAGAGGAGGGGGACUUUUUUAUUUUUUUAUUUUUAUUUUCUCCCCUUUUUAUUUAUUUAAUUCAGUCUUCCCUUCCCUUGUCCAUCGCUCUCACUGCCUUUGCAACCCACGCUCCCUCCUCCCCUCCCCUCCCCCCCCCCUCCACUCCACUCGCUGUCCACCCGUAACUUUGUCUACUUCUCUGGCUCCCCCACUGUUUUAAUUUCCUCCCAUUUAAGGACAUUAAUUUCUAUUUAUUCACUUUUGUACCUUUUCUUAUUUCCUAUUUCCCCCUCCUCUUUUUUCCUCCCACCUUCCUCCUAUGCAUCUUUUUGGGGCGCUUCUUUAUUCUAACCAUAGACUGGCGGACGUCGGAAAAACAAGCGACGCCAAACGUCUCUUCGGAGGAGCGAAGGGGAGAACCCUAGUGAAGCUGCUCCUGUGGAGUACAAUUACCUCGAAAUUGCUGCUUUACCCUCUUGACCCGUCGAGGAUUUUACCUAAAACUGCUUUCAGCCUCCCUCAGUCUGAGGCUAUGAGAGGGAGAGAGGAGUCCCAGGCCGCACCAUCAUGCUACUUCUGAGACGCCGGGAUGAGACUUUGGCUGGCAAAACACAAGGUAUUACUCUCCCACUCCUCCACCAUGCCUGUUUACGGCUGCCGCACCCCCUCCUCACCUGGGGGUCGAUCCAGUCCCUCCCCCCCCACGACAACCCCUUCAGUCGCCCAGCACCGAGAGAGGCACAUCGGACCCUCCUCACCUCCUCCCCCGCCUCCAUCGCUCCACCGGCCCCCCUCCCACUACCUCUCUCUCCUCCUCCUGCUGCUCUGCCUCCUCCACCUGCCGCCGGCCUGCCACUCCCGGAGAGAGAAGGGAGGAGGAGGAGGGGGAGGAGGAGGAGGAGGAGGAGGAGGGGGAGGAGGUGGUGGUGGCGGCCAUUACGUGCCAAUCCCCCAGCCCCCUCCCCACCACAUGGCGUUGCCCAACAUCCUGCGAGGCCUCAGCAUCGCUGUGGUGCUCGUGGGGAACUCUAGCGAGAUGGCGCUGGCUGGAGGGCGGGAAAAAGAAGACUUCCUCCACAUGGCGCCCAACGUGGAGGUGCUGACGAUGAACGAGACGGACCCCAAGAGCAUUAUCAAGAGCAUCUGCGACCUGAUGACGGAGCACUGGCUGCAGGGCGUGGUGUUCGGGGACGACACCGACCAGGAGGCCAUCGCACAAAUCCUCGACUUCAUUUCGGCCCAGACGCACAUCCCCAUCCUGGGAGUCCGCGGGGGUUCGUCCAUGAUCAUGGCUGCCAAGGAUGACGACUCCAUGUUCUUUCAAUUCGGCCCGUCCAUCGAGCAGCAGGCCUCGGUCAUGCUGAACAUCAUGAAGGCUUACGACUGGUACAUCUUCUCCAUCGUCACCACGUACUACCCGGGGUACCAGGACUUUGUCACCAAGAUCCGUAGCACCAUCGAGAACAGCUUUGUGGGCUGGGAGCUGGAGGAGGUCAUACUGCUCGACAUGUCCGUGGAUGACGGAGAUUCAAAGAUCCAGAACCAGCUGAAGAAGCUCCAGAGCCCCGUUAUCCUCCUCUACUGCACAAAGGAGGAGGCCAACACCAUCUUCGAGGUGUCCCACUCUGUCGGGAUCACCGGAUACGGCUACACAUGGAUAGUGCCCUCGCUGGUAGCUGGAGACACUAUUGUAGUGCCUGCAGAGUUCCCUACUGGUCUGCUUUCUGUGUCCUACGACGAGUGGGACUACAACCUGGAGGCCCGUGUUCGUGACGGCGUGGCCAUCAUCACCAUGGCAACGUCCACCAUGAUGAUGGACCGUGGGCCGCACACCCUGCUGAAGUCCGAGUGCCACGGAGCUCCGGACAAGAAGACCCCCAUCUCAGGCAACCCCAACGAAGUGCUCAGGUACCUGAUGAAUGUGACGUUCGAGGGGCGUAAUCUGUCGUUCAGCGAGGACGGAUACCAGAUGCACCCCAAGCUAGUCAUCAUUCUGCUCAACAAGGAGAGGCAGUGGGAGAGGGUGGGUAAAUGGGAGAACGGUUCCCUGUCCAUGAAGUACCACGUGUGGCCUCGUUAUGAACUGUAUGGCGGGGCAGCAACCAGGGAGGACGACCACCUGUCCAUCGUGACUCUGGAGGAAGCUCCCUUCGUCAUCGUGGAAGACGUGGAUCCGCUCAGCGGGACCUGCAUGAGGAACACCGUGCCCUGCCGGAAACAGUUAAAAACACUCAAUGAAACGAAGGACUCUGGGAUCUACAUAAAGCGCUGCUGUAAGGGAUUCUGCAUCGACAUCCUGAAGAAGAUCGCCAAGCAGGUGAAGUUCACCUACGACCUUUACUUGGUGACCAACGGCAAGCACGGAAAGAAGAUCAACGGCACGUGGAACGGCAUGGUGGGAGAGGUGGUGUUGAAGAACGCUCACAUGGCCGUCGGCUCCUUGACGAUCAACGAGGAGAGGUCGGAGGUCAUCGACUUCUCCGUCCCCUUCAUCGAGACGGGCAUCAGCGUCAUGGUCUCCAGGAGCAACGGCACCGUGUCGCCCUCCGCCUUCUUAGAGCCCUUCAGUGCGGAUGUGUGGGUGAUGAUGUUCGUGAUGCUGUUGCUGGUGUCAGCAAUGGCUGUGUUUAUAUUCGAGUACUUCAGCCCCGUGGGCUACAACCACUGUCUGGCUGACGGCAGAGAGCCUCACGGUCCGUCCUUCACCAUCGGUAAGGCCAUCUGGCUGCUGUGGGGUCUCGUGUUCAACAACUCCGUGCCCGUGCAGAACCCCAAAGGCACCACCAGUAAGAUCAUGGUGUCAGUGUGGGCCUUCUUCGCCGUCAUCUUCCUCGCCUCCUACACUGCCAACCUGGCCGCCUUCAUGAUCCAGGAGGAGUACGUGGACCAGGUGACCGGCCUCUCCGACAAAAAGUUCCAGAGUCCAAACGACUUCUCGCCUCCGUUCCGGUUCGGCACCGUCCCAAACGGCAGCACGGAGAGGAACAUCAGGAACAACUAUCCGGAGAUGCACGCAUACAUGACCAAGUUUCAUCAGAAGAACGUCAACGAAGCUCUGGGGAGUCUGAAGGCCGGCAAACUAGACGCUUUCAUUUACGACGCGGCCGUGCUGAACUACAUGGCCGGUCGGGAUGAGGGCUGUAAGCUGGUGACCAUCGGCAGCGGAUACAUCUUCGCCACCACGGGGUACGGCAUCGCCAUCCAGAAGGAGUCGCUUUGGAAGAGGCACGUCGACCUGGCCAUCCUGAUGCUCUUUGGAGACGGUGAGAUGGAGGAGCUGGAGUCGCUCUGGCUGACGGGAAUCUGCCACCACGAGAAGAACGAGGUGAUGUCCAGUCAGCUGGAUAUUGACAACAUGGCGGGUGUUUUCUACAUGCUGGGCGCCGCCAUGGCUCUGUCGCUCAUCACCUUCAUCUGCGAGCACUGGUUCUACUGGCAGCUGCGCUUCUGCUUCAUGGGAACCUGCUCCGGACAGCCGGGCUUCGUCUUCUCCAUCAGCAGGGGCAUCUGGAGCUGCAUCCACGGGGUGCAGAUCGAGGAGAAGAGCAACAGCUCGGCGUUGAACUCCCCAUCCGCCACCAUGAACAACACCCACUCCAACAUCAUGCGCCUCCUACGAACCGCCAAGAACAUGGCGUCCCUGUCCGGAGUGAACGGAUCGCCCCACAGCGCGCUGGACUUCAUCCGCCGCGAAUCCUCCGUCUACGACAUCUCCGAACACCGGCGCAGCUUGGCGGGACACUCAGACUGCAAGCCGCCGUACCCACCGGAAGACAACAUGUUCAGCGACUACAUCAGCGAGGUGGAGAGGACGUUUGGUAACCUCCACCUGAAGGACAGCAAUCUAUACCAGGAUCACUACCUGCACCACCACGGCUCGACGCUAGGGCUCAGCGGACCGCCGCCGCCCAGGCCUCAUAGCUUGGGUAGCGCAAGUUCUCUGGAAGGGGGGAUGUUUGAUUGUGAGAGCAUUGGAGGAGGGGUGGCGCCUAUUUUCACCACCCAGCCCUGCUCGGCAUUGACCCACAGGAACAUGAGCAAGUUUGAUUUGCUGUCCGGACAAACUCCUCCCUCAGGGCAGAGCUUUAAGGGAGGCUUGCCGGACCUUUAUGGGAAGUUUUCCUUUAAGGGAGGCGCCUCAAGCUCCACGUUUAUCCCCGGGCACGGAUACUGCGGAGGAAGAGGAGACGACGAUGGGAACAUGGAUCGACGGUCGGACGUCUCGGAUAUAUCCACGCACACGGUGACUUACGGAAACCUGGAGGGUAACGCCAAGAAACGCAAACAGUACCGCGAUAGCCUGAAAAAAAGGCCGGCCUCUGCCAAGUCCAGACGGGAGCUGGACGAGAUCGAGCUGGGCUACCGGAGGAAACCCUACCACAUCAGCCACCAUCACUACCACGGCCACCGCUCCGCCUCCCCACCGCUGCUGCCCCCAGAACGGAAGAGAGGCUUAAGUGGGAACAGCGACGGGAACUACAUGUUCAGAGAGAAGGAAAGCGUUAGGGAUUUCUAUUUGGACCAGUUUCGGCCCAAAGAGGGCGUUCCUCAGUGGGAACAUGUGGACCUGACGGAAGGCCCUGGAAGUAGAGAUGGAGGCAACUGCACCACCCUGGUUCCAGUGGAUGACUUUCUUAAGCAAAGCAAACCCAAAAAGUCAGAUUUAAAGAGUGGUGUGGCAGGAUCUGGGCUGGCAGGGGGAGAGUGGGAGUGCAGGAACUGUCGGGCUAGCGGGGGAGGCAAGCAGAUGUCGAUGCACGGCGGUGUGUACGGUGGUGGUAUGAGCUGUGGGACUUCGGGAGGCGGAGGUAACAGCCGCCCAAGCUCUGCGACCUGCAUGCGCUGCGAGGGUUGUAAAAAGACAGGAAACCUCUACGAUAUCAGCGAGGACAACAACCACCUCUUGGAACAGAUGGGGGGAGGGAAUGGCGUUGGUGGGGGAGGUGGAGUUAUGGGCCCUCAAUCUCAGGGCCAGCAGAGGAGGAAGAGCGGAGGACUCGGGAAACCACUGAGGCGGCAGCACUCGUACGACGCUUUUGUUGACCUUCAGAAAGAGGAGUCGGGCGGGAUGGGCAGUUUAAUGGGUCUGGGAGGUGUUGGGGGGGGAAUGGGGAGCCAAGUUAUGGGAGGGAUGCUGCCCCCACCCAGGAGUGUUAGCUUGAAGGAGAAAGAGCGCUACAUGGAGGGUACCAGCCCCUUCGCACACAUAUUCGAGCGCCACGGGGGCUCGGAGAGAGAACGGGAACGAGACAGGGACCCGUUGUUUUACGAGGGUCGCAAACGACCCGGAUCACCGUUCGGUUUGUUCAGAGGCGACGGCCUUCACCGCCGCUCCAUCGGAGAGAGAGACAUGCGAGACAGGGACAGGUCUCUGAUGGAGGGAGGAGGCGGCGGAGGGUUCUCUUUAUCCAAAUCUCUUUACCCAGACAGGGUCAACCAAAACCCCUUUAUACCCACCUUUGGCGACGACCAGUGUCUGAUGCACGGAGCCAAACAAUAUUACAUGAAAAAGCAGCAGCAGCAGCAGCAGCAGCAGCAGCAGCAGCAGCAGCAGCCGCAGCAACAAGUUCCCAAACCAAGCCGAAGUGACUUCAGGAGCCAGAUGAGCACGACGUCAUAUCUGCCGGCGUCCGCCACGGCCGGGGUGAUGUCCAACGUGACGCCCCGGUUCCCAAAAGAGCUCAGCCUCGGUGGGAUGAACCACCACGGCUCCAUGCUGGGGGUCGGCCCCCCGCGUCCCUUCAAUGGAAGCAAUGGCCAUGUGUACGAGAAACUGUCCAGCAUUGAGUCUGACGUGUGAGAUCGACAAGUGGCGAGUUAGGAGUGGACGAUGGGCGAGGGGAGGAGGAAGGGAGGAAAUCGAGGCGUGUUGUGUUAGGAGAUCAGGGAUGAUUUUACAGACACUGUCCAACACACUGCAACUCUAGCCCCAUAUUGGGACAGCAAGGUGAAAGGGGAGAGAGCUGUGAAAUUGAAAAGGGUCAAAUCUGGACCCCCUGUGGAGCUGUGGGACGUUAACCCUCUCUCUCAGUAACGGGAGCUGUGGGACGUUAACCCUCUCUCUCAGUAACGGGAGCUGUGGGACGUUAACCCUCUCUCUCAGUAACGGGAGCUGUGGGACGUUAACCCUCUCUCUCAGUAACGGGAGCUGUGGGACGUUAACCCUCUCUCUCAGUAACGGGAGCUGUGGGACGUUAACCCUCUCUCUCAGUAACGGGAGCUGUGGGACGUUAACCCUCUCUCUCAGUAACGGGAGCUGUGGGACGUUAACCCUCUCUCUCAGUAACGGGCAAAGCUACUUUUAUGUCCAAACACAGUCAAUCAACAUUCCCCUUAACAUCGCAAACGCACUCAACUCCAAGCCUGUCAUUUCAUGAGGCAGAAGUCGAUGUUCUUAGAGAGGUGACACUUCAUCUCAGUUUGAUAUUGGACUGUCUGGUGCGAUGGCUGUCUGAGAGAUCUCCCGCUGAGUGCUCUUGAGGAAAAACUGCGAGAACGAGCUGCCCAUCUGCCCCACCGCAGAAAAGGAGACAUUUUCAUGUUUUACCCCCAAUCCUCCUCCUCCUCCUCCUCCUCCUCCUCCUCCUCCUCCUCCUCCUCCUCCUCCUCCUCCUCCUCCUCCUCCUCCUCCUCCUCCUCCUCCUCCUCCUCCUCCUCCUCCUCCUCCUCCUCCUCCUCCUCCUCUCUGACGCCAAAAGAGCUGAUCUUGUUUGCUAUGAGAAAUACAAUCAUGAAUGAUAAUAAGAUAUUCUUAUAGAAAAAAACAGGGUAUAAGAGCAACAAUAAUAAUAUUGUGAAUAACAAAGAUGUUAGUGCUGAUUAUGAUAACACUGCUUAUGAUAAGUUUUUUCUUGUUUUAUGUUUUGUUGGUAUAAUAUUUCACUACUGUUUUAGUAUCUGUAGUUGUAAUCCUGUGUGCAAGCAGGACGGUUGUUAAGUUCAACCAACAAGCCAGAAAGACUGAGACCUUAACUCCUUUUUAAUUCUGUUUUCACGCCAUGCUCAUACAUUUAUUUGCUCCUUGUGAAAAGAACUGGAUCUGGACACGUUUAGAGCUGACAGAUCCUUUAUUUGAUGUUUUCAAGACAUUACAAAUCACACACACUUAAAACACAACUUGUAACUUGUGUUACUGUGAACGACGUCCCGAAGCUGAAGAUACCGAGAGGAAGGACGUGCCUUAAUGGUCUCCAGUGGAUGUGUCCUCCGGUUCAAACCAGGGACGGACCGGCAUGUUUUUCAGGCUGAUCUCUUUUCGUGUAUGAGCCAAAAAAACUGCAGUGAAAAUUGACAUCAAGCUCGAGGCGCUGCUGCAGCCGAUGGUUUCGAUUACAAGAGACGUUUUAUAUAACAAAGAUUUCAUACGGCGAGUUUGAGCAGCGCUUUACGUACAAAAUGCAUUCAGGAUGUCACGGAUAGCGUCUCACUUCACAACACGGCAGCCUUUAGACCACUUAUUUUAUUCAGGUUACAUGAUAACAGUCACCGGGCACUCUUUCUUUAUUUCUUUGUUUGGGCCUCUCAACCGGUAUCUCGUUGAAGGCGUUACUUUCCACUUACAGAAAGCUUUGUUUAUACAUUGUGUGUGAUUAAUAUAUGCACUGUUAUGUUGGCGAAAUGCAACAACGUGUAGGAGAUGUGUUCCUGCUACAAUGAUGCCCGUUAAAGCUCGAGCUGAGGAAGGUGUCUAUGUGAGGCGUACCGGAAGACGGCCAUCUUGCGAAAUCUUGAUGUAGAUAUCGUCUUUUUUUUCCGCUUGAGAGGCCUCAUUUAUUGCACAGGACCUUUUUACUCAGUGUUCAGUGGUUCAGGCACUCAGUAGACAUGCCUUAUCACCCCCUCCCCCCCCUUCCCACCUGGAGCUGUCUGAUGAUGACUCGUCACAUUACUGUACAGAAUAAAGAAGCCUGUAUUUAAAGGUUUGAUCUUCGAUUAGCUGGCGGUGUCAGAAGUUCAAGGGCUGCGGGAAGAUUGCGCAGAGGGAUCUAUUGUCAUCUUAUAACCCCUAAUCUAAAUGCAUCAAUGUAAGAGGUUUGGCGUGUGUGUGUGUGUGUGUGUGUGUGUGUGUGUGUGUGUGUGUGUGUGUGUGUGUGUGUGUGUGUGUGUGUGUGUGUGUGUGUGUGUGUGUGGUGUGUGUGUGUGUGGUGUGUGUGUGUGUGUGUGUGUGUGUGUGUGUGUGUGUGUGUGUGUGUGUGUGUGUGUGAGAGGAGGGAAAUCACGAUUGAAUGAUAACAGCUGUUUUUUCUCGCGACUGAUAACUGCUCAUAGGUUCAACUCCUUGCUCCACAGAUAACACGGACAAAAUGAGACCGAUCGAGUUAGCCUUAAAUCAAACAGAUCUUACCCCCCCUCCACCAUGACUCUCCUAAUAAAUAGAUUGGGAUCUCUGGAAUUUUUAUACGCACACAUUUUUGAAAGUUCAGGUUUCAACUAUUGUCAGCGUGACGGUUUAAAAGAAGGAUAACGGGAUAAAAACGACGAGGAAAUAAGACGGAGCAGACGAGAGAGACCUCGGUGUGUGGGCAUCAAUCAGCGUCAGCAUUUGUACGUUUCAAUCUUUUUCCUUGUAAAUAAUCUAUUUAAAAUACUCUUUUCACUUUGUACAGUAAACAGACAGACAGGAUGUAACUUUCAAUAUGUUUUACAGCAAUUUAAGAAAUAAAACCACAAUAAAAAACUCUUUAAAAAAACUGAAAAAUAUGCAAAAUAUAGUUAAGACACAAAUAUUACUAAUCAUAAGUGACAUAAUUGAACCUCUUUUUUCUUUGAAUCUCAUGUUAUUUAAUUAUAAUAGUUUACCAAUCAGUAUACUGAUUAUGUUAAGAAUUAUGCUUUCUUUCAUAUUUUCACUAAAGUGUUGGAAAUCGAGGAUACUUUACUGUAGGUGUAGACGUUUGGUGAUAAAAAGGGGGAAGUUUAGUUUUAGGAGUCUUUGCUAAGUUUCCCUUGAAUUGUGUUAGAUUCUCUCUUUUUAAGGUAAGCUCUUCUUCAUGCUUUUUGAGAUAAAUUCAAUUAUCUACACAUUUAUGGAAUACAAUAUUACAUGUAUACAUAGAUGACAUUUGCAUAUAGAGGCAGUAUAUUGUGAUCCUUCAUUUUUAGGCAGUUAAAAACAGAUACAUGUGUUUUUGUUGCCCGCUUUGUUUCCCUUUUUUCCCUGGGCUCUGAUGCACAGAAUUUAGAGCCAUUGUCGGCCUAUCCUGUUCCCUCUCUUUCUGUUUGGGAUAGACAUCACCGUGGUAAAGAAUACACACACACACACACACACACGUAUCAACACACACACACAUUGAACGCUGCAGUCUUCUAGCACAAUGCGAAAAAACAAGAGCGAGUAAUCGUAUUGAGAACCCAAUAGGGAAAGGGAACCAGGGUGCAUUCUGGGGCCAUCUUUGGAGGAACAACAGCAGCCGCCAAUAUACUGUAUAUCAGCGUUUCCUGGUCACCUGUCGGCGUUUUUUUAAUCCAAAAUGAAUAAAGUAUGCGUGAAAUAUUAACGACUUACAAAUACAAACUAUAGGUAGAAACAGAGGAGCGUUAUUUUACAAAAUAAAGUGAAUUAAUGCCAUCUGUACUUAUGAAUUAAGAGAAAAAUGAACCAAUCACUGUCGGUCCUCUCUGGUGUUUGGAGUGAGUGUCUCCAGCUGUCGGUAAAUUAAGAAUAUUAAAUAUUUACAGGCCCAUGUCAAGUUUACAAACAGCUUGAUACCGGACCUUCAAAUCUACAGGUUUAUUGAAAACGAUACAGUCAUCCGAACAGAUGUAAGACAACUAAUGUUAUGCUACAAAACGUCGGCUUAUCAUGCAUAAGUCAUCUUGUGGUAUAUGCAAGUAUACUGCUAUAUGUUAUGUUAUCAAUCAUAUUCCCAGUGUAGUGGUUUGUGUUCCUGUAGUUCAGAAGAACACAAUUCAGCGUCUCUUGCUGAUGUCUCCCUCCUCUGCCUUUUAGUUUAAAGGAAUACAAUCUAAUCACAUGGUCCUUGUUUUUGUUUUGUUCAUUGGUCAUAGGAGUGGCUGUUAGAGUGACAUAACAGUGCCUACCGACCAUGUUUUAGAAAGUGAACAAGUUAAGCUCCUUUGCUCGCCUACAGGUUAAGUCAAUAAGUUGCAUUCGCCGGUAUCCUCCAAAGAUGGACGACUUGCCGUUAGUGACGCCACAUUCCCAUUCCUUAUUGAAUGCAUUUGUGCAACCCCUUAUUAAUUAAAAGGUGCAACAUUUGUUCUGUCAUUUCAUGUAAACUUCUGCUUCAGGGGAAUAUAUUACUAAACUGUAUUAUUUGACAGAUGAAAACACUUGAGAAGCGUUGGAUUCUUAUUUAUACGUGUGCCGUGCUUGUUCUCUCAGUACGAGACGGGAUAUAUCAUUUGUAAUUUGUUGUAUACAUAUGCAAUUUUUGUUAGGAAUUAUUUCCCCCCGCUCUUCUUCUGUACUUAUACCAAUAAGUCUUUUUGAUCGUCACCCCGACCCGGAGAGAAGGAAUCCAUCUCUCUUCUGUUUUUCUCCUCAACUGCUUUCAUGUCUACAGGGUUGAUUGAAAAGUGACAAAUGAAUCCACGUAAACUCCUACAUAUUUUUCCUUAUUUGCAAUAAACAGGAUGACCAAACAGUGAAAAGACCUCACUGUACGUGCCAAGUCAUCACUGCCUGGGUUUUGUUUUCCAUGCCUUUCAAGGGCGAGCGAUAUUUCUUUUUCCAGCUGCUGGUAUAGUGAAGUGAAGGUGCACCUGACACUGUGGUAAACAUGCUAUCAUCAGGCCUUUACCACCUCCAGCUGCUCCGCUCUAAAGCCAGAUAGUGCAGGUCGGGGUCGUGAUGCAGAGUAAAUCUUUAUUUCCCUCCUGGGUCUUCGACACACGAACAUGCCACAACGCAUUUGUUCAACAACAAAAAAGGGAGGUCGUGUAGAGCAAAACACUGUGUCACAUUUUUACAACGCAAGGAAAAAAAUGGCGAUUAAAAGUAGGGAGGGAUCAUCCUCUGCGAUACUGACACACGGGACCAAAUAAGAGCAGGAAAUGGUCAGCUGCAGGGAUCGAUGUACCGGUUAAACUGACUCGUGAACAUUGUAUGUGUUUUUGGAGGGAAGUUAUUUGAAAUUUCUAACAUUUUAAUUUGCUUAUCCCACCGGCUUGUUUUUUUUUCUUAAUCAAAUGGCAAGAAUUAUACUGUGAUAUUACAUGAUUGUGUGAAGGUCCAUGUAUUUUAGCUGCUUAUGAUUUCAACCCUAAUUCAAUGCAUAUUUUAAACCUGUGUGUACUUGUGUUCAUAUGUAUUGAUAUCGCUUUAUAUUGAUGCAUACAGAAUUUUCUAUUAAAUUGUGUACAGUUUUGUUUGUUUGUUAAUAUAUUGCUAUUUUCCAUCGUCGUCAUUUAGACAGAUUGCUUUACCUGAAUGACAUAUAAGGGGUUGCCACCAAAUGUGAACACACAAACUACAUGAUUACAUUUACUGUGGGUUGACAAAUGUAACAUAUGAAUAGUAUACUUAAUGAUAUACAUAAUAUUAUUCUCGGCCAUUCUUUUUCUCUUUUUGUGGCCCGUUUCUUUGAGAUAAAUCCCCCACAUUUUUACACCAUAUGAACACAAAAACGACACAAAAACAAAUAAUUGUACAGGUUGUGUAAAUACUGAAUAUUGAGGGGGGGGGGGGGGGGAACAUUUACCUUGUUUUUUUGUAUGGAAACGUAAUCUCAAUAACAAAAUUAACCACGUCAUGACAAAUUGCAAAAAACAUCAUUAAGGUACUUUCUAAUAAGGAUAAUACUGAUAUCUACGAUUAUAAGUGCUCAAAUAAGACUAUUCUUUCUCUUUGUACAUGAUGAACAAAAUGAAGUGUUGAGUAUUAAUAAUAAAAAACUAUAAGUUUCA